AUGCAUCUGAGCAGGUUCUGGCUGCUCGCCCUGGGCGCAGCUGCUGUCGAUGCCUUUCGGGAUACAUCGCCUUUCUUUCUUGCGUCGACCUCGGAGGUCCUGACCAACUCCGCAUACAUCAAGGCCGGCACAUCUCUACUUGAUGACCUCUCGUCUGCCCUCGGAUCGUGCCCCUCGGAUUACUAUGUUGUCGUCCACCAGCCCGGCGUGCACAGCACCGAUUUCGCGACUCGCAAGUCGGCACCCCGCCUCGGUGCGAAGGUGCUGGGGAAAGACAAAGCCAUCCGGUCAAAGAUGACCGUUCAUGAGGUCGCUGGCUUGUUGAACACGAAGGAUGUCAAGGACCUUUUGGAGAGGAAGUGCAAGACGCACACUACCACUAUUGACGCUUCCUCUGGGUCCUACCCCUCGUACUUUGAUGAAGGCCCUCGAAUUAUCGAUGUUGAAUUCCCCAUGCUCUCGCUGGGCUCAGACCGCGCCCAGCGGCUGUCAGAGAACGAUGGCCUCCUGGCUGAUAUCGUCGACCGAAUUCCUUCCUCUUCGAAGUUUACUAUCCUAUAUGUCACCUCGCCUAGAGAGUUCCCCGAAACCGACUCCGUUGUCUACGAUUCUGGGGAGGACUCUUACCAAGAUUCUGUUCACAUGGACCUGAAGCGGGACUAUUCAUCGCACUCAUACGCCGGCAAACCCAGCUCCUCGUCAAAGUCCCUGUUCCAAGAGUACCAGUACUUUACUCCAGGUAUUUUCAUGGGCCUCUUGGCAUUCCUGCUGUUUAUCGUGAUUUCGUACAUUGGAGUUAGUGCUUUGAGCAGCCUUCAGGUCCCUUAUGCGGCCUUUGAGAGGGACACGUCUGCUGCAGCCCAGAAGAAGCAGCAGUAA